CGGAGCCGCGCGUCUUUCAGUGUUGGCGGGUGUUUGUGAGUAGCAGAAGAGCCCCUCAGCUGACCCCAGAGACACUUCACUGUCCCACAUAUUCAGUAUAAUCCAGAAAAUGUCUGAGUGGACCAGAAGCAGACGACGCGACGCUCCCAGCGGCCAAUACGACGACAGGAGCUCUGGCCCGUCUCGGUGGUCCCACUGCAGGAAGAGGGGGGUGGAUGGCAGCCUGCGGGCCAACAGAGAGGCAGAGGGUGAUGACAGGGAGAAUGGCAGCUACAGACACGCUGACAACAGACAUGCCAGUUUCACCACUCCAGAGAGCGCAGGCCCAGUGUCUCGCUGCGGUCGGCAGGCGGACUGGGGCAGCCAGGUGGAGGACGAUGAGAUGAGGAGGGACGUUCACAGAGACAUGCAGCGUUACAGGAGGAGGAUACUGGGUGCAGAGGUCACCCAGAGAGAGCGAAAGACCUCCUCUGGCUCCUCUGGGAGCUGUGACUCCAGAGAGGGAGACAACAUGGAGACCGAUGAGGCUGUGCUGCUACGGCGACAGAAACAGAUCAACUACGGCAAGAACACACUGGCCUACGACCGAUACAUCAAGGAGGUCCCAAAACACAUGCGUCAGCCUGGUGUUCACCCAAAGACUCCCAAUAAGUUCAGGAAGUACAGCCGUCGCUCGUGGGAUCAGCAGAUCAAACUGUGGAAGGUCAAACUGCACGCCUGGGACCCCCCAACAGAGGACAGCCAAGACAAAGUCCUUGAUAACAUUGAGGAGCUGGGGCUCGAUGAUGUAAUGGACAUUGAGCUCGACUUCCCAACCCUCUCAGACUCACAGGAUGCCCCAGCCUCUGUCACCGCACACAGCCUUUCACUGGAGGGUGAGGACUGUUUGGGAACUCCAGUUAAACUACAGAAGACAGAAGAUCCUGAGUCGGCGUAGCUCAUCCUCCCAAAAAAAAAAACCCAACGCACUCAUUCACACACAUCUCAACUGGUUCAGCUGUUUCCCUGCACAGCCCAUCAUGUUACCCAGAAUGCCUCUGUUCCAGGCACCAGCUACUUGAUCUUCUCAAGGCGACACCUCACGGUGCUGUGCGUGUGUCUGAGCUGGUUGUUGUUAGUUCAGCACUGUAACAUGUUAUGUUUUCUUUCAUCCUUGUGCUUCUUGACCCACAUGCUGGGUCCUUUUCCAGAUUAUUAAUCUGCUCAGGGAGUCUUUUUCCAGCUGCAUGUUAAUCUGAUCUGUGGCCUGCUGCAGCAGACAUCCAGGUUCUGAUGUUCAAACUUACCUGACUGUAAGAUACAUAGAAACAGACUGAAGUCCAGGGAGAUAGGCAAACCAAGGUAUUUUCCUUUUAAUUAUUCAUAUGGACAAGAAUUAGUUGUAAACACUGAAGAGCACUUCUUCAGUGAUAUUGGGCUGUGAUUUGUUUUUACAUGGGUUGGUUUUUAAUACUAAUGUUACUGUGUUUCUUAUUGCUGUUUGCUUCAUGGUGAAGACUUUCAAAUAAAAAAAACUUGAAUCUUGA